AUGAGGCGCAUGUGUAGGGCGGGCUUGGGACCCCUCAGCGGCGCCACGCUGGCGUCAGCACCGCUAUUGUCAUCAGCGUCCCCGUCCUCGCCGUCGCCGUCAGCGCAGGUGCUGCUUCAGGCUUCACGCUGCGCUGCGACUACGUCCACACCGAUUAAGCCGAAGCGACGCAGUAGCUUCUUCAAGUUGGGUGACGUGUACAAGCCAGGUAAGUUUACAUCGAAGGACAUGCCGAAAGGGCCAACUGCCUCCAACCAACCGUGGGACCCUGUCUUUGCACACCACGCCUUUCAGAAGGUCACCGGCCCACUGCAGCGCAAGCAGAACACAACGCCUGAUGAUCACCUCACUGUGGAGGAGGUGGAGAAGUGGAUGGACGCGAAGUCCGCCGCGAAGGUACUUGGCAUCAAGGAGCACGAACUGCCGACGCUGACUUCUGCACAGGUGGAGGAGCGCUGGGCAAAGGUAUACGGGGAGCGCACUAACGCGCAGCAGCAGGAGACUGUCAUCGCGGUGGAGGUCCUGCUCGAGUAUGUAGACUCCUCACUGCACCGCAAAAAGAGCCGGCAGUACUACCGGCAGUAUGUUGACAAUGCGCGGCAGUCAUUUGAUCACGAGACGGAGCUCCGGCGCCGGGGCCACCGGCAGAAGUUUAUUUACAUGUUUGGUAUUGCCAUGGGCGUCGGCUGCAGUGUGGUUAUGUGCAUCGCCUUCUUCCGAAACAUCAUUACACGCAGGGAUGUGGAGAACAUAGGCUCCAGUGCGGUGGCGUACCUCAACAUGGUCUUCGCGCAGCCUACAAACCCCGAACCGGCGCCGGACUACGCCACACGCUACCGUGACACACCCACUGCGCUAGAGAUUGAUCAGCGGUCCGGCGCGUACGGCCGCACAAACCCCGCGGAGGCUAGCAUCGUUGCGGCGGUAGAGGAGUACCGCCGCGACGAGGAGGCAGAGAUGCUGCGCAUCCUCAACGAUGAGAAUGAGCGUGCACAGAAGGAGGCCAAGUCAAGACGCGCAAAAGACAGCCGCGUGCGUGUGUACCGCGCCGAUGACUUCGACGAGGCGGGGGAGUUGAAGGAGCCAACGCGGCAGCGUGAGGACGCCGACCCAGCGAAGGCUUUCUCCCAAAUGACAUUUAGGCAGUUCGCCAACCUGAUGGCGUCGCAGUUUGGUGGUGGAUCGCGGUUCCAGCGCAUCACACAGGACAGCGUGCGGCGCGCCGAGGAGUUGGAACAGAUGAAGAAGCGGAUGGAGAGAACAGACGAAUAG